AUGGAUCGAACCAGUCACACUCAUGGAGCGAGUGGACUGGCUUUUGUUGGGCCCCAUUCGUCUCCUUCCUUUGGUUUGCCCUUCAUGCAUCGUGGCUUCCAGAAGGGCUUCAGAGCAUAUAUUAGGAGACUUGUUCUGUUCGGAUACCAUCCUUCCAAAAACCUCACAAAAACAGACCGAAAUGCGUCGGCCAAAGUCAAUUCGCUCGACCACAUAAACGCUCUACGGUCACUAUUGACGAUCCUGGCAAAGUCUGAUGAGGAUUUGGGGUGCAUUGACCUAAAGUAUGAGAAAGUACCUGUUAAAAGACGCCAAAAGGAUCUACUAGAUCGCGUGGGGUUUUACGUGGAGCAGGUCACAUCGUGCAUACCAAACGCCGGCCUUGGAGUCCGUCUACAUGGAAAAGCUCCAAAAGGGGCCAUUGUGGCUGUAUAUCCGGGGACAGUGUACGCACCAGGUGACCCAGCGUUCUUCCAAUCUCUGGGCAACAGCUAUAUUCUGCGAUGCUACGACGGAUUGCUUGUUGAUGGUAAGCGUAACGGACUGUCUGGAAGAAUUUUCCGGUCCCUCUAUCGGCGACAUCAUCCCGAUCCGCAUCUUGAUCUCAUUGCAGAUCAGACAUGGAUGGAAGGCGGGAAUGUGGCGAAUCCAUAUGCGAUUGGCCAAAUCAUCAAUAACGCCACCUCCCAGCAUCCCGCCAACGUCCAUUAUCAGGAGCUCAACAUUCCACCAAACUUCCCCCUCCAUCUUCGAAAAUAUAUUUCCAACAUCCACUAUGCGGCAGCUUGGCGACCGUGGGAUGAUGAUGUAACGCGAGUUGUGCUGCUCAUUGCGAAUAGGGACAUUGAGGACGACGAGUUGUUUUCGACGUACCAUGAAACGGUUGGGUAGUGAGCUUUAGAGUAGAUUGAAGUUGUUUGGCUGAACCUGAAAUGAUGUGUCUUGGCACUGUGAUCCUGGCGUCACUACGUUUAUCCGACCCCGUGUGCCGGAAACCAGCAAGUCAAGAACACUCGGAGGAAUGUUUUUGAGUAAAAACAAAGGCAGAGUUGACGACACAUGAUGUGGUUUGAUUUGCGCCGCCUUUGUCGCAAGAAUCCAUAGAAGUCAUAACGCUGGACGGUUCUUGAUAGAAUGUACAAUAUACCAAAUUCCUGGGAGCAGACACCGGCAUAAGCGACAUUAUAAAAAAAAA